GAAGAAGAGUCAGACAAUGAAGAAAACUUUAUUGACCUGAAUGUUCUAAAGGCACAAACAUACAGAUCGGACAUAAAUGACUCUGCAAAGCAAGAAGAGAUUUUACAGUCCACGACAGAUGCAGCAGAGUGGAAUCUGGAAGUGGAACGUGUGCUUCCACAGCUGAAAGUUACGGUCAGGACUGACAAUAAGGAUUGGAGGAUUCAUGUAGAUCAAAUGCAUCAGCAUAAGGAUGGAAUUGAAUCUUCUUUGAAAGAAACUAGGGGUUACCUUGACAAACUCCAUAAUGAAAUCAGCAGAACAUUGGAAAAGAUCAAUAGCAGGGAAAAGUAUAUCAACAAUCAGUUGGAGCACUUGGUUCAAGAGUACCGUUCAGCACAAGCCUUGCUGAGUGAGGCUAAAGAGAAGUACCAGGAGGGAAGUGGAGGAGUAACUGAAAGGAUUAGAGUGCUUUCUGAGAUUACAGAAGUAUUAGAGAGAGUAAAGCAGGAAACAGAAGAGAAAGGAAGCAGUAUGACUGAUGGUGCUCCUCUAGUGAAGAUUAAACAGGCUUUAACAAAACUGAAGCAAGAAACCAUUCAGAUGGACAUACAAAUUGGUGUAAUGGAACACACAUUACUCCAGUCAAAGCUGAAAGAGAAAUCCAAUAUGACAAGAGAUAUGCAUGCAACAAUGAUUCCAGAAGCCACAGUAGGUGCCUAUUAAAAUUGUUUGGAGCUGACUUGGUUUGCCCAAAAUACAGUUUUCUACCAUUUGCUUUUUUGAUAGUUUAAAGGUUCCUUUUUGUUGGGAGGGGGCAUUCCUUUUUCUUUUUUGUUUUUAAGAAGAUGCUUGUCAUGCACUUUUAAGAAGUAACAUGCACACUUUGGACUCAGCAUGGAGUCGUGUUUAGUUUUGUGCUGUAAAGAUUUACUGCAGAUCCCUUGCAGAUAUACUAAUAAAUGCUUAUUAAUGAACA